AGUCGGCUGAUGUGCUAUCCAAAUGAUCAUGGUGCGGGGCUGGACGAUAUGAGGACAUACAAGAGCCGAAGGAGAAGUCAGGAAUAGGGUGUCUCCACAAUAGAGAGCGAUCGGGAUGGAGCCGAAUCGAAUUCAUGCACUCCCCAAAGACGUCGUCAACAGGAUCGCUGCAGGAGAAGUAAUCCAGAGGCCUUGCAAUGCCAUCAAAGAAAUGCUCGAGAACUCAAUCGAUGCACGCAGCACAAAGAUUGCUGUGACGCUCAACAAUGGCGGUCUCAAACUCAUUCAAAUUCAGGAUGACGGAUGUGGAAUCUCCAGAGAAGACAUGGCGAUUGUGUGUGAACGCUUCACCACUUCGAAGAUCAGCAGCUUUGACGACCUGAAAAAAAUCGCGACUUUCGGUUUCCGCGGCGAAGCUUUGGCCUCGAUUACGUACGUUGCUCACGUGAAAAUUUCGACGAAGACCGAACGAUCCACCGUAGGAUACGUUUGCCAGUACAGUGACGGCAAGCCACAAGACGAUCCGAAGCCCGUGGCGAUGAAUCGUGGGACUACGAUUUCUGUCGAGGAUCUCUUCUUCAAUGUUCCCCAGCGACGCGAUGCCUUCAGGUCACCUGCCGACGAGUUCCGCCGCUGUGAAGCCGUCGUCUCGAAUUAUGCUGUUCAUUUCCCGCGUAUCGGCUUCUCUUUGAGCAAGCACGGCGAAAACAGCUUUGCUGUCAACACGCGCAAGAACUCCACCGUCUUGGACAACAUUCGAACACUCUACGGCCAAGAGAUCGCUCGAGAAUUACUGAGCUUGGAAUUCGUCGACGAAAAAAUAAGCAUAAAAGCGACUGGCUAUGUCACAAAGGCCAACUACAGUAACAAGCGGAGAACUCAACUCGUCCUCUUCAUAAAUAAUAGGCUCGUCGAGUGCGCAGCGAUUCGAGGAUGUCUGGACGUCGUCUACCAGAGAUAUCUCCGGAAGGACGAUCAUCCCUUCGUGUACCUCUCGCUCGAGAUGCCUCCGGAAAACGUCGAUGUCAACUUGCAUCCAACCAAAAGCGAAGUCGGCUUCCUCCAUCAAGAAUACAUCCUCACGAGAUUGCAGGAAGAAGUGGAUAGAGUCUUGUUCUCAUGUGACUCGUCGAGGCACUAUCUGACCAAACAGUCAGUCCUCCCGGCUAAAAUCUGCGACUCCGUGACGCCACCGCGGAAGGACGAGCUGAGACGUGACAAGGAGGUCGUCAGGGUGGAUUCGAGCCAAGAGAAGAUCACGACGCUCUUCAGCCAGCAAGGAGCCGCGGGGAGCUCGAAUGAGAAAGUCGAAGUUCUGCUGUCGAGCAUACGCGAACUGAGCGAAGAAUUGGCUGCGGGCACGGAUGCUGAACUGAGUCGGAAUUUGUCGAGAAUGAUUUACGUUGGCUUCGUUGCGAGAGAUCGAUCCCUGAUCCAGAUCGGAACUCAGCUGAUCAUGGUCAAUCAUCACCGAUUGGCUCGCGCGCUCUUCUAUCAGAACUGCUUGGAUUCGUUCGCUAAUUUUCCAGCGUUCGAAUUCGAACCUUUGAAAUUGGAGAGCAUUUUGACAUUGUCCUUGAAAUCGGCGAAAUCCGGUCUCAACGCCGACAUGGACAACGCUUCUGAGCUGGUGGAGCAUGCAUGCAAGAAACUUCUGAGCGUCUCCGAGAUGCUCAAGUGUUACUUCUCGAUUGAAAUCGAGGAGGACGGUUUAUCUCGACUCCCUGUCGUACUGGACGGUCUGCGGCCUCGGAUAGGAGCUCUACCCCUGUUUCUGCUGCGGCUCGCCUCAGACAUCAAUUACGAGGAUGAGAAGACAUGUUUCCGCGGAGUGUGUCGGGCUAUCGCGGACCUGUACGCCGAGAGCUGUGAUAAAGAUUCGUUGAGGAAUAUUGUUUUUCCUGCGGCGAGGAAGAAAAUCAAGGUGUCUCAUAAAUUCAAUGAAAUAAUGGUGAAACUGACUUCGACUGAGGAGCUGUACAAAGUAUUCGAGCGCUGUUAA